CUUUUCCAUCACGAAUCCAAGAAUCAAACGCAGUUGCGCUGUUUGCGCUGAGCCCCUUUAAAUCAGCUGAUCUCUAUUUUUCACCUCUCAUCUGGGGUCAACAAAUUUUCACGUUCAAAGUUCAAAGAGAGUUCCAAACAAUUACUGGUUUUGAUCUCGUGAAAGUGAUUUCGAUCCAGAAAGAAACAAUGAGAACCAGAUCUAUUUUUAAUACGCGAAAGUGAUAUAAACGAAAAUAGAAUGGCUUUCGAGAACCUAGGAAUGAAACAGCCGAUCAGGCGUUUAGAAAUACAAAUAAACAAUUUCAACGUCGCUAUACCGCAUCAUGUGGACCUUUUGAGGAGGCAUAAAAAUAAUAUUAACAAAUACGAAGCCCAAAAGGACUGGGAGAAGAUACACAAAGAACAUGUGAACGUUUCGAGGAUUGUGAAACAGUUGAAGGAGCUUCUUUAUCAAAUGGACACGUUGAGGUCCCAAGUGCUCGAUAGUGACAUCAACCAGUUCGACAAACUGACUGCUAACGCUAGAGACAGUAUCCUGAACGCUAUCAAAGAGUAUAUGGAAUUGCAGUUGAGCUUGCCACCGCCAGACUUGCACCACUUACCCGUAGAUGAAGACGACACCGAGGACCAUCCACUUGACGAGAAACAGAUUCAGUUGCACGAGGAACAGCAGCAGCUGCAAAGACAACAGACAUGCCUGCAUGCCUGGAACAGUCUGCAGGGAGACAUUCAUCAGUUGUAUCAGCUGUUCAUCGACUUCAACAAGAUCGUCGAUGCACAGAAGGAGCUGGUGGAGAGAGCCGAAGAGGGAAUUGAAGAGACGAGUUUGAAUGUGAACGAGGGUGAGAAAUUCCUACAGAAGGCAGCCAGAUACAAAGUUGGCAUGUAUCCAUUGGCAGGCGCCGUGAUCGGUACUUGCAUUGGAGGACCCAUCGGGUUGAUCGCGGGUUUAAAAGCAGGAGGACUAGCCGCGUUGGGCUGUGGCAUUCUAGGAUUCACAGGGGCAUCUCUGCUGAAGAAAAAGGCGGUGGAGUCGCAGACAUGUGUUUCUCUCGAGAGUAGAUCCGUCAGGGGAUCGUUGUCGCUUCCCAACGACAAUUCGAAGAAGGAAUUAUGACAAAUAAACAAGUCGGAGACGAAAAUUUGCAGCGUCGCGUGAACGGGCGAACCACUGACUAAUUAUUUAAUUGUACAUACGUAUAUCGAUGACACUGGGCUUCUGCACGGGCGAAUUUGUACUUAGGCGAGUUUUUAAUUGGGCCAAGAGCUUUUCUAUUUAAUUAAUAAACGAUUUGCAAUCCUCUCCUCGAGGGAAUUGUUCAUCCGGAAUAUGCCGAAUUUACUCGACUUGUUAAUUGAAUAAUAAUGGUCCCGAUCGAUUUUAAGCACAUGACAUUGUUGAUAAAAUAAGUAUUACUCACGGUCGAUCCGCCGGUCUACAGCCGAUUUGAUAGGGAUACGUAAAUGGCCAGACUUUAACCAUAAAUAAAAAUUCGUGAAGUUAUUAGGAAAAGA